CGCGUCCCCCUGCUGCGGGGAGCGGAGCCAUGGGCGGGGAGGAGGAGAUCGUGCGCAUCGCCAAGCGGCUGGACAAGAUGGUGUCCAAGAAAAGCGCGGAUGGUGCAAUGGAUUUGCUGAAGGAACUGAAAAGUAUGCCUAUCACUCUGGACCUGUUACAGUCCACCCGGAUUGGGAUGUCGGUGAAUGCACUGAGGAAGCAGAGCACUGAUGAGGAAGUGAUAUCGCUUGCCAAAUCACUUAUCAAGUCCUGGAAAAAGCUUCUAGAUGCUUCGGAGGACAAAAGUGAGGAGAAGAAGAGGAAUUCUUCCUUGUCGGCAUCCUCCUCAAAGGAGAGCGGUGACUCGAGAGACCAAAGCUCCAACAAAAGGCAGGACCCGCCGAAGACUCCAACCACGCCGAAAAUCACCACCUUUCCGCCGGUGCCCGUCACCUGCGACGCUGUCCGCAACAAAUGCAGAGAAAUGCUGACUUCUGCUCUGCAGACCGACAAUGACUACGUUGCCAUUGGUGCUGACUGUGAGCACCUCUCUGCCCAGAUUGAAGAAUGUAUAUACCAAGACGUCAAGAACACCGACAUGAAGUACAAAAACCGCGUGAGGAGCCGCAUCUCCAACCUGAAGGACUCCAAAAACCCUGAGCUGAGAAAGAACGUGUUGUGUGGAGCAAUCACCCCGGAGCAGAUCGCAGUGAUGACCUCAGAGGAAAUGGCCAGUAACGAGCUGAAGGAGAUCAGGAAAGCCAUGACGAAGGAAGCGAUCCGGGAGCACCAGAUUGCUAGGACGGGAGGGACCCAGACCGACCUCUUCACCUGUGGGAAGUGCAAGAAGAAGAACUGCACUUACACUCAGGUGCAGACCCGCAGCUCCGACGAGCCCAUGACCACCUUCGUCGUGUGUAACGAGUGUGGGAACCGCUGGAAGUUCUGUUGAGACGUCUGUGAGCCCGACGGCAGCAGCCGAACCUGGACAGACCACAA